CAUUCGCACCAAUAAAACAUAGCAUAUCAAAAUUUCUUAAAUACCAAGAAGUAUACACGGACAAUGCUUUAUUCCGUCUACAUUGCGUAUUCACGACGUCGAUCCUUGGCGCUGGGUCCAUUCUCCUCACGACGGGCCAGCUGGUCGGGAAGCCCAUUGAGUGCCAUGGAACAGGAACCGAGAAAGGGUGGACCCAAACAGUGAAUACUUUCUGUUGGGUGAUGUCCACCUACGUCAUGCCUACUGGAUUUGAUAAAAGGGUGGGAACCGAAGUCGUGGCUCCAGGUGUGAUAGGCGAUUUUGAGAUCAACGUGCCCAAGAAAUAUUAUACAUACUACCAGUGGGCGUGCUUCGUGCUGUUCUUUCAGGCUAUCAUGUGCUACAUUCCACGUGCGAUAUGGAAGAUGCGGGAAGGUGGUUUGCUGCUUCAGCUGGCGGGUGGCAUGAAUCCGUUUACCACUUCUGAAAUCCGGGAAACCAAAAUCCGUACGCUCGUCCACUACAUGUACAUGCAUCAAGGUACACACAAUUUGUAUGCGUUCACGUACUGGUUCUGCGAAUUGCUGUGUCUAGUCAAUGUGGUGGGGCAGAUGUUUCUUAUAAACACCUUCCUUGACGGCCAGUUCCUGUCGUUCGGAUCCCAGCUACUACGUACUUCCAACGAGGCCCAAGAAGACAGAUAUGAUCCAUUGAUCUACGUGUUUCCUCGCAUGACGAAGUGUAGUUUCUACUACUAUGGAGCGGGUGGCAGCAUUCAGAAUGCGGACAAUCUGUGCCUGCUGCCCCAGAAUGUCAUCAGCGAAAAGGUCUACAUCUUUCUGUGGUUCUGGUACAUCAUUUUGAUGGUUUUGUUGGGAAUUCUUGUUAUUUAUAGAUUGGUAAUUCUCCUGGUUCCUAGCGCUCGUCCGUAUCUGCUGAGGGCCCGCUGUAGUUCCAUGUCACACAAGACGGCCGAAAUCGUCUCCGAAAAUGUGGACAUUGGCGACUGGUGGUUGCUCUACUCGCUAGCUCGGAACGUUCAACCCAUAAUCUACAAUGAGCUGAUCCAGGAAUUCUCUCAACGUAUGGGUUUCAAGAUUGGACUUUUAUAAAAUUAAGCUAGUUUAUGAUUCUGUUUAACAAAAACCCUUUUGUAGAGUAAAU